CAAAGGCUCUACUAGACUCAUCGGACAGGCAGUUACAGCAAGCCAAAGUCUCCAUGAAAGCGGCAGUUUUUCUGUCACGCAGGCGUAUUAGGUUCCAUAUCGUGAGCGAUUCGCAAGCCGUCUUCGACGAGCUCGUCGCUGCCGCUGAGGCCUGGCCAACGGCCUACAGAGAGAAAACCUCGUUCCAGUUCGUGGCUUCGUGGUACCCGCCGGAGCACGAGGACAUGAAAGGCCUCUUCCGCCCCUGUUCGUCUCAGCGACUCUUCCUGCUGCACCUGCUGCCGGAGGAGUCCGCCGUCCUCUACAUGGACAGCGAUGUCAUCUUCCUGCGCCCGCCUGAAGAGUUCUGGCAAAUUUUUCACGAGUUCGACGAGAAACAGUUUGCUGCGGCUGCUGUCUAUGUCGGUUCUUACCAUCACAUACCAAAGGACGUGCGUUACAGCGAUGUGGGGUUCAACGCGGGUUUGAUGUUGUAUAACCUCACCCGCAUGAGGCAGUUCCCGGCGGGCUGGGAGGACCAAGUGCUCAACAUCACGGCCGAGUACCACAGUAAAUUCAAGUACGGCGAUCAAGAUAUACUCAACAUCUUUUUCGGCAAGUUCAGGUCUCACUUUCGCCCCUUGGGAUGUGAAUGGAACUUACGAAGUUUUUACUGCAAAUUGGACAUCAUUCCCGUCUGCCCUGAAAUGUUGAACUGUGGUGCAAAGGCGGUCCACGGAACAGCGGCAUCAUUUUACUCGCCCGGAAAAUUGAUGACAUUCUUCGAAACGUGGAAGGCGAUGAAAAUGACGCAGUCCAUCGCUGAAUUCCAAGCAGAAUUGAGAACAAAUUUGGCCGCCACAAAACCUAAAGAUAAAUUUGGCUGUCACGGACGUGACUACAUCGACCGAAUUCUUUCACAACAACUAAUUUCGAAUGAUGUUUCUUAGACGGAUAAUCGCUAGCAGCGAACGCUCAGAUAUUCACCCAUGAUUAUAAACAAACGGAUUAUUAACAAGCAGUAUACUUAAUACACUUCACAUUGUGCGUUAUAGGAGCUGAAAGAUUGCUUGAUCUACUUCCCCUUUAUCCGUAGCCGAAUAAAGUCAACUGAACGAUUCGCAAUUUUCACUUUAAACGUUCAAUGAUUAUACCUUUGUAUUCUUAUCCUAACCGGUUUGAAGCAGGUUAUUGGCCAUAUAAUUACUUAUAUAGAACUUAAAUAUCUUACGAAUAUCAGAA